CGUUAGAACUCCCGCGUUUUUCAGUCUGAAUAUGCAUGUGAUACGUAUCGUUCUCAAACCGACUACAAUGUGGCGCUAGUAGUCCACGUUUCACCUAUAAGAUCUUCGACAAUUUUCACCCAUGCGGAGUGAGGACAGCAGACGGCGUCCAGUCUAUACGUGAACGUUACCCCACUUGUCUGCGGUGCCGCCGAGCUCAGUUUAUCUCAUUUGGUGCAAGCGAUUGUUUGAGAACUCAAAGAUGGCCGUCCGAAGAUGGUUUGCCGUCGCUACAACCGUCACCGUGAUGAUUUUGCCGGUUGCGCGGGGCGACGGCCCACCGAAAAUUCACAGUACUGGUUUCUCUCCGGAUCUUUCGCUCGGCGAUGACACGGCGGCAGUAUGCGUCGCCAAAAGAGAAGCUGGCGGAUCCCUUUCGAUUAUGUGGCAAAAAGACGGCGUAGAGUUGAAGUCUGUCGGCCAGAUUACGGUAUUCCAUGCGGCCAGCAGUUCGACGCUCACCGUAAGACAGAUUCGGCCAGAAGACAUCGGAAACUACACCUGUACCGCUACCAACGCCGAAGGAUCCAACGAAGUCAUCGUGCCCCUCGUGGUAUUAGGUAAACGGCUAUCGAUCUGCAAAAUUUAGCAUGUUUGCGACACGGCAAUUGACAGCCCUGUGCUGGGCGUGUUCUGUGCAUUUACGUGCUAUAACGCUUAUGACGAUAUCUGGACUUGGACACUGCUAGUUUACCGUAAAUGUUCAAUGCCAUGUCUCUGAUUUAGUACAUAACUCUACGUAAAGAAAGAUUGAAAUCUUACGGAGAAGUGCCGAUCUCGGUCUCUCAAUC